UCGCAUCUGAACUCCAUCGUGCUCAUAAUAAUUUGUACGGUUUGCAUCCGAAAGUAAUUCGCUGUAAAAGAAAUUGAGACAAUUUUUCUCGUAAAUUUAAAAAAUAUGCCGAAUAACGAACAUUAUCAAGAUGAUAUUAUGUAUAUCACUAAAAUAACGCGUAAUGUUUUGAACACACUCGGAGUUUGGCCGUCCUUAGACGAAAGAAAAUCAAUCGGCGGUCGAAUCUGCAAGCUUCUAAUAAUCAUAAUAUCUUGGCUACUUCUGUACUGCGUCUUGAUUCCUGGUUUUCUUUUCUGGUUGUUUGAGAAGAGAACACGCAUCAGGAUUCAAAUGUUAUCUCUACUCCUUUUCGGUUUUAUGAUCAUCGGUAAAUACGAUAAUUUGAUACUUCGCGAGGGGCAGAUCAAACGUUGUCUAAAGCACAUCGAGGAGGAUUGGAAGAAUGUGAUGGAUACCGACACGCGAAACACGAUGAUCGAAUCCGCGAAAAUUGGAAGACGCCUAGCCAUACUUUGCGGAAUCUUUAUGUACGGCAGUGGGCUCUCUUACCGGACGAUUUUAUCGUUGUCCAAAGGAACGAUCGUGACUGCGCAAAACGUCACGAUCAAGCCCUUAGCUUGUCCGGGUUACUUCUUCUCUCUCAAUGCGCAAGCCAGCCCUACUUAUGAGAUGAUUUUUGUGAUACAAUUUUUUUCUGGUUUAGUCACUUUCGCGAUCACGACAGGCGUGUGUGGUCUUACAGCUAUCUUCGUGAUGCAUGCUUGUGGCCAACUGAGGGUACUGAUGAAGCUGAUGACAUGUCUCUUCGAGGAGCAGUGGAUUAAGAAACAUGAUGUGGAUAAGAAACUGGCUGAAGUAGUUGAAUAUCAAAUAAGAGUACGAUGCUUUUUGCAAUUAGUGGAAAAUACUAUGCAUCAAAUGUGUUUUAUAGAAUUAAUAGGGGGCACAUUAAUCUUCUGCAUUCUAGGAUAUUGUAUAAUAGUGGAAUGGGACAAUAGCAAUAGAAUAGCUAUGUGUUCUUACUUUACAUCUCUUACAGGCAUGUUAAUAAUUGUGUUCAUGUAUUGUUACACUGGUGAACAGCUUACUACCCAGGCAGAAAAAGUAGCUAUUACAUCGUGCGAGCUCGAUUGGUAUCGUCUUCCGGACAAAAAAGCACGCGGUAUCGUGUUGUUGAUGAUCGUGUCUAAUUUGCCCACCAAGCUCACUGCAGGGAAAAUUAUGGAUUUAUCCAUUAAAACAUUUGGUGACGUAAGAUAAUAUUUUUAAAGGAAUAUACAUCUCUAUGUCCAGUAGAUUACAAUGUUCUUAAAUUGCAAGAAAAGUUAACAGUAUAUCCCAGACUAUUAUUAAAUUUGUAAAUAUUAUUAUAAUAUUAUAAUGUGGACUAUUUCAGUAAGUGUGAUUCAAACAGUCUACCACUUGUCGGAUGUGCACGAUGAUUCACAUGUUUUAUACUUAUUACUCGUAAUUAAUAAUUCUUGCUCUCGGUAUAUUAUACGAGUAAUUAAAUCGCAUUGUGUUUUAGGUGAUUAAAACAUCUAUGACAUAUUUUAAUUUGCUUCGAAACGUAAGCAGUUGAAUAUUUGUGCUUUAA